CUGGCGCUUACCGGAAGUGUAGCUGUAAAGACAGAUAGACGCACAGAGAGGAGAUUGUAAAGAACAUAAACAAAUCAAGUUGGGAUUGUUAAAUCAUCCAUUUAAUCCGAGGAUGAUAAAUCUGAAUGUUUCUUGGUGACCAGAGGCUGUGAGAUGUGCAGUUGGUUUCAAGCAACGAGGCAAAAACCUCAAUCUAAACAUGAGUUUGGAGGCAAAGGGUGGAUCAUCAUCGACUUCUGCCGAUGCAGGACAGACAGAGCUGGAGCAAAAAAGAUCUCUACCACCUGUUGUGUUGGCCAAGAUUGAGCGGAACCGACAGAGAGCGCUGAUCCUGCGGCAGGCCAGGCUGGCCAGCAGACCUUACCCUUCUGUUGAUGCAGGUGGCACUGUUGCAAAGUUUGCACCCAAAGUAACAGAUACGGGAGGAGGGUUCUUUCUGGAGGAGGAGGAGGAAGAACUUCCUGAAGUGAAUAAAGUUGUACAUCAACCAGGACCUGUCUUGGAAUUUGAUUACUUAUUAUGUGAAGAAUGCGGCAAAGAAUUCAUGGACUCUUAUCUCAGUAGUCACUUUGAUCUACCUGUCUGUGAUAAUUGCAGAGAUAGUGAAGAGAAACACAAACUAAUUACCCGAACAGAUGCAAAGCAGGAAUUUCUGCUUAAAGACUGUGACUUGGACAAGCGAACACCUGUACUCAAGUACAUACUGAAGAAAAAUCCACAUAAUACCAAUUGGGGCAAUAUGAAACUUUAUGUAAGGCUGCAGAUAAUAAAACGUUCCCUUGAAGUAUGGGGCAGUGAGGAAGCUCUGCAAGAAGCAAAAGAAGCACGGCAAGAGAAUAGAGAAAAGAUCAAACAAAAGAAAUUCGAUAAAAAAGUCAAAGACCUUCGUCGAGCUGUGAGAAGCAGCCUGUGGAAAAAGGAAUCAACUCUUCACCAGCAUGAGUAUGGUCCAGAAGAAGAACACGAGGAGGAGGAGGAUACGUACAAGAAGAUAUGUACCACAUGUGGCCAUCAGUUAAUCUAUGAAAAAAUGUAAUUGAUAUAACUUUAUGCUUCCAUAUGUUAUGUAAUGAUUUGGCACUUCAAUAAUUGUAUAGGUUGAUUUUCUUUUAAUAAAGUGAGCAUUUCUGUA